UUCACAACUUAAGAAUCCCAUUACCAUUGUUUACAACAUCAAAACUUAGCUACUUAUUACAUUUUUGCAUCAUCUUCACCAUUUCAAUCAAUUACCUAUACUUUUCCAUUGUCUCAACACUACAUAUUCUUAAUCCUUUUCUUGUUUUUCUCUUAUUGAUUCUUCAGGACCAAAAGAUUCAUUUAGAAGAUUGUUUUUGCUGUCAUAUGGGGAUAUCUUUUUCAUGUCCAUUUGCAAAGUACAAUGAUUUAGAAGAUGACAUAGAUUCAAUGGUUGUAAAAUCCAUCAACUUUGGCAAUGAUGAAAUCAAAACUCCACUAAGAUCAAUCAGUUUCAAAAGUGAAGAUUUAGAACCUACCAUCCUUAAAUCUAUAGGUUCUGGAAAGAUGACAAUUGAAACAGCUGUAAGCUUCAAAAAAACAGAUUUUGAUAACAUUUUAUCAACAAACACACUUUCAUUCGACAAAGACGAUAACAGCAACACAUUGAUUAGCAAAAAGAGUAGAGAAUUCGAUGAUUUGUCUCUUAAGUCGGAACGUCAAGAAGUGGAAACAAUUCAAUCAGCACUUUUGAAUCCAGGCAGCCCUAAACACAUUGCUGCACUUAAAUUGCAGAAAGUAUACAAGAGCUUUCGUACAAGGCGAAAGCUAGCAGAUUGUGCAAUUCUUGUUGAACAAAGCUGGUGGAAGCUUUUAGAUUUCGCUGAACUCAAGCGCAGUUCGAUAUCUUUCUUUGACAUUGAGAAACAUGAAACUGCGAUUUCACGUUGGUCUAGAGCUAGAACUAGAGCUGCUAAGGUUGGAAAAGGUUUAUCCAAAGAUGAGAAAGCACAAAAACUUGCUCUGCAGCAUUGGCUCGAAGCGAUUGACCCACGACAUCGCUACGGACAUAAUCUACACUUUUAUUAUGAUAAAUGGCUUCAAUGUCAAAGCAGAGAACCCUUCUUCUACUGGCUAGAUAUAGGAGAAGGUAGGGAAGUAAACCUUGAGAAGUGUUCUCGAUCUAAACUUCAACUACAGUGUAUUAAAUAUCUUGGGCCGAUGGAAAGGUUGGCGUAUGAAGUUGUCGUCGAGGACGGAAAGUUCUUCUACAAGCAUUCAGGAGAGCUUCUUCACACUGCUGCAGAAGAUGCACAUGCCAAGUGGAUUUUUGUGCUAAGCACUUCUAAGUCAUUGUAUGUUGGCAAAAAGACAAAAGGUUCAUUUCAGCAUUCUAGCUUCUUGGCUGGAGGGGCUACAUCUUCUGCUGGAAGAUUGGUGAUUGAACACGGUGUCUUAAAGGCUGUUUGGCCUCACAGUGGUCAUUACCGACCAACAGAAGAAAACUUUAAGGAAUUUAUUACAUUCCUUCAGGAGAACAAUGUGAACCUAUCAGAUGUCAAGAUGGAUCCAGUUGACGAGGCUGACGAACUCCGUUCACUUAGAAGCAGUGUUCAUCUUAGAAAUCACUCAUCCGAAGAGGACUACUCCGAGACCAUAAACGGCGUGGAGAUCGAAGGGACCGUUGUCCAAGACUCGAUUUUAAAGAAUGAUCAUUUGAUGGAAACCGAGAGCGAGUCUGCAUUGGUUACCCCUAUCACAAGGCAAUUCCAGAUACUUGGAAAAAAACUGUCCAAUCUUCAAAUACCGAAAAGAGGUCAAUUGUUUGAAGGACAAGAAAACGAGAAAGAAAGCGCCAGACAAACUUAUCCGAGUUUCCAAACAGAAUCUCCUACAAGUAGUGAUCAAGAAACAGAAGAAGCACUUGUAUCAGAGCUAGAACAUACAGUUCCAACGAAAAACUUCGACGAUGAUAAUGACAUAGAAAUCAUUCCAGAAGAGGCAAUACUCAAAAGAAUCAACUCACAUAAAGAAACGAAAUCAUACCAACUAGGGAAGCAGUUGUCUUUCAAAUGGACAACUGGAGCUGGACCGCGCAUCGGCUGCGUAAGGGACUACCCUUGCGAGCUUCAGUUUCGAGCACUGGAACAAGUUAAUCUGUCUCCAAGAAGCGGAUCACGCACAAAAUCGUCAUUUUCUCUUAGGAGCACCACUAGUUUGAACUCAAAUGUUUCAUGCCUUUCGUGUUUAAGCGGCGAUGCAACAACUGAACCACUACUUGUUGAAGAUAAAAGUAUGACUCCAAGAUCAGAAUUCUCUCCGUUGACAAGAGGAACAUCAGUGAUACCAGUAAUUAAUAUGUCAUGAGUAAAUAGGAUUCACAUUCCCUCCAUUAAUUUAUUCUUUUUGUGUGAAUAGGUAACAACUAUUAAUUUUUUGUUGUUAUUCUUUUCAUUAUUGAACUAUUAGGCAUUCUUUUUUCACUCAUGUAUAAUCUAGGAUCAAUAUUGUAAAAUUGUUUUAGGGUCUAUAUGUACUACUCCCAAUUCAAAGGAAACAUCUAAUUUUCUAAUAUGGGACAAGUUUUUUGAACUCAAAAAA